CCUCGAAUCUUGAUUGAAAGCUAAGUUUCUGGGACACUUCCCUAACAACUCGUUGCUUCAAAACCCAGCAAUCUUCUCGUUGCUCCGCCAAGUGCUAGUAUCUUGGGACGACAAUGGCGUUGUUUAGGAAGCUGUUUAACAAAAAGCCGCCGGAUGGGCUUUUGGAGAUCUCUGAAAGGGUUUAUGCUUUCGACUGCUGCUUUUCCACGGAAAUUUGGGAAGAAAAGGAAUAUAAAUUCUACAUUGAAGGCAUAGUGCAUAAACUACGUGAUCAUUUUCCUGAUGCUUCAUUCAUGGCGUUCAACUUCCAACAAGGAGAGCACCAAAGCCAAAUUGCUAGCACAUUGUCUGAGUAUGAUAUGACUGUAAUGGACUAUCCUCGUCAAUAUGAAGGUUGCCCGUUACUCACCACUGAGAUGAUCCAUCAUUUCUUGAAAAUAUGUGAAAACUGGCUAUCACUUGGUCAACAAAACAUGAUCUUAAUACAUAGUGAACGAGGUGGGUUGCCGGUUUUGGCAUUUAUGCUUGCUGCUCUCUUACUAUACCAGAAGCAGUUAUGCGGGGAGAAGAAAACAUUAGAAAUGAUCUAUAAGCUAGCGCCUCGUGAGCUUUUGCAUUUGACGUCUCCCCUGAAUCCAUUACCCUCUCAACUAAGGUAUCUCCAGUAUGUCUCUGGGAGAAAUAUGGGCUCAGAAUGGCCUCCAUCAGAUAAGGCACUUACGCUGGACUGUAUUAUUCUAAGAUUCAUCCCUAAUAUGGAUGGUGAGGGGGGCUGCCGUCCGAUAUUUAGGGUAUAUGGACGGGAUCCUAUUAUGGGUGCUGACAAGGCCCCCAAAGUUCUGUUCUCUACACCGAAGAAUAGUAAACUUAUUCGGUAUUACAAGCAAGUGGACUCUGAAGUUGUUAAAAUCAAUACCUAUUGCCACGUUGUGGGUGAUGUUGUGCUUGAAUGUAUUAGUUUGGACGGUGUUCAGGAGCGGGAAUUAAUGAUGUUCAGGAUCAUGUUCAAUACAGCCUAUAUAAGAUCAAAUAUUCUGAUGCUUAACCGUGAAGAAAUUGACACCUUAUGGAAUGGUAAGGAUCAAUUUUCGAAGGACUUCAGAGCAGAGGUUAUUUUCUCCGAUGUGGAUGUUGCAACUUCUGCUGUAUCAAUUGAUUUACCAGGUCUUGAGGAUAAAGGUGACCUUCCCAUCGAUGAUUUUGCCAAAGGUCAAGAUGUUUUCAGCAAAGCUGACUAUACAAAUGCAGCAAAUAUACUACAAGAAAAUUUGGAGACAGGUUGUCCCCAGGGUGUGGAAAGAGCCGGUGUCUUGCAAGAUGAUAAAGUGAAGGAGAAAUCAAAUUUACCGACAUCAGAGCACAUCAUCACAAGUCCAACAUCCAAUGCUUUGGAGAAACAAUCUAAUUUCUCCUGUCAACCAUCAGAUGACCCAUCAAUAAAGAAGUUUGAACCACAAGAAAUACAGGCUGCUCCUCAAAAGGCUGCACAACAUACACCCUCUGCUGGAUCUCCUUCAGAUUCAAGCUCAAUAAAGGGGAAAACUGAAUCACAAGAACUUCAUGUUGCUCCCCAUGAAGCAGAACAUUCUAAGAAGUACAUUAAAUCAUCUCCAGAAGCCAAUUCAAAAACAAGGAAUGUCGAAAUUCAAAAACAUGAAGUUCUUGAACAACUUGGGCAAUCUACAUCGUCUCUUAGUCCAGUCGUGGAUGUAAAUUCAAUUAGAAAGAAAACUGAACCCCAAGAACUUCAGGCUGCUUUGCAACGGCCUGCACAACCUAAGAUUAUAUCCCAGCGAUCUCCUCAGUCUUCAAUCUCUUCUCCCGUGUCAUGUAGCAAUUCCUUGCAAGGUUCACCUGCACCAAUAUCAGAGUCGUGGAUCAAUUCCUUGCAAGGUUCACCUGCACCAAUAUCAAGAUACUGCAGUGCAGCUUCAGCUCUUGGCAUUACAGCUCUAUUGCAUGAUCAUGAUGCAUCUGAAAGCGAGGAUCGCAGUCAUGCUGUGGAGGACUCUGAUACAAUCACAUCUUCUGCUUAUCAACCACCUUUUAUGGAGGCAUCUCCUCCUGCAGUGAAGAGUACAUUCAAGUCUCCCCCACACCCACACCCUCCCCCUCCUCUACAUUCUUUUUCUAGGGCAUCUCCAUCUCCCUUGGUUAAGAACUCACUUCAAUCUCUUCCUGCCUCUUCUCGUGCUUCUCUAGCUCCCAAAGGCAACAACUUAUCCCAGUCUCCCCCACCUCCACCACAACACCCCUCAUUCUCGGUAAUUACUCCAUCUUCUACAGUAAAGAAUUCAUUUUCAGCUCCCCUUCUUCCUCCGCCACUCCCUACUAAAUCCUCUGUGCCACAGCCACCACCACCUCCUCCUCCUACUGUUGCUGUGAAGGGUCUUUCAUCAAAUUGCUCUGCACAUGCUCCAUCCGUACCACCUCCUCCAGCCCCUUGUGCCAAAGGAUUAUCUAAAGCAAGUGGCAGUAUACCUUCAAUUCCUGGACCACCUGCUGCUCCCUUGAAUUUCAAGGGAUUCAGUAUAUCACGUAUAGGUACUAAAAAACUGGCUCAAGAGAAAAAAUCCAACUUGAAGCCAUACCAUUGGUUGAAGUUGACGAGGGCGGUGCAAGGAAGUUUAUGGGCUGAGGCUCAAAAACCAGAGGAAGCUUCCAAGGCUCCAGAAAUUGACAUGUCUGAACUUGAGAGUCUUUUCUCUACUGUUGCAGCGAAUUCAAAUGAUAGUUCAAAUCGAGGUGCCUCAAAUCGUAAACCUGAGAAAGUCCAGCUGAUUGAACUUAGGCGAGCAUAUAACUGUGAAAUCAUGCUUACUAAAGUCAAAAUUCCUUUGCCUGAAUUGACGAGUUCGAUCCUUACCUUAGAUGAUACAGCAUUAGAUUGUGAUCAGCUUGAGAACCUUAUUAAGUUUUGUCCUACAAAAGAAGAGGAGGAAUUACUUAAGGGUUAUAAUAGAGAUAAGGACAAGUUGGGAAAAUGUGAACAAUUUUUCCUAGAACUGAUAAAAGUGCCACGGGUAGAGUCAAAGCUUAGAGUUUUCUUAUUCAAGAUACAAUUCUUUUCCCAGAUUUAUGACCUUAGAAAUUGUUUGAAUAUUGUAAACUCUGCAGCUGAAGAGGUGAGGAAUUCAGUCAAAUUGAAAAGGAUCAUGCAAACUAUUCUUUGUCUGGGAAAUGCAUUGAACCGUGGAACUGCAAGGGGUUCUGCUGUUGGUUUUCGAUUGGAUAGUCUCCUUAAACUCAGUGAGACUCGAUCUCGGGAUAACAAGAUGACUCUCAUGCAUUAUCUUUGCAAGGUCCUGGAGGAUAAGUUGCCAGAAUUACUAGAGUUUCCAAAAGACCUUGUAAGUUUGGAAGCUUCAACAAAGAUACAACUGAAAUAUUUGGCCGAGGAAAUGCAAGCCAUCAGUAAAGGGUUGGAGAAAGUUGUACAAGAACUGGCUGCCUCAGAAAAUGAUGGUCCAGUGUCUGAAACUUUUUGCUUGAGCUUAAAGGAGUUUUUUGGUUUUGCUGAAAGUGAAGUCAAGUCUUUGGCUUUGCUUUAUUCUACCGUGGGUAGAAAUGCGGAUGCCUUGUCUCUUUAUUUCGGAGAAGAUCCGGCACGGUGCACAUUUGAGCAAGUUGUGUCGAUUCUGCUCAACUUUGUGCGGAUGUUUGUCCGAGCGCACGUCGAAAACCACAAGCAGCUCGAAUUGGAAAAGAAGAAAGCAGAGGAGGCAGAAAAUGAGAAGAUGAAAGUAAGUACUCCGGAAAUGCAGCCCGAACAACCGAUUACAGCGGUGUAUCACUGUUAUCAUGUGGUGGAGGAGAGUAUUGUUUAUAAUUAGAGGGCGAGAAAAAGAAGUUGUAAUUAGUUUAGAAGGUGGCG